AUGGUCAGAACAAGACCCGUGGAAAUAAGUAACAAAGAGACUUGCAUCCCUGUCACCUUUUCAUUGGUUGAUGAUCAUGAACAAGAAUUUAAAGAGAUCUUGACAGUGAUGGGAAUCCCUGUAAGUAAGCAAUCGGAUAUCUUAAAAGAGAUGGCAUCGGUUGCUCGUAGCAAGGAUACUUUUAGUGGUGUCUUCAUGGGUGUUGAAUUAUUGGAGGGGACCUUCCAGGAAAUUACUGAAGCUGAUAUUGCUGGAGCUGAGAUGGAGUCAAUGGAUAUUCAGGCUGGACCAGUGCCGGCUGCCAAGUCCUCUAUUGAUGCAUUGGAAAGGGUGGUUUUCGACGGUUCGGCGUCAGCGAGAGACUGUACUGUUUGUAUGGAAGAAAUUAAGGCAGGGAGUGAAGAAAUUCGGAUGCCGUGCUCGCAUGUUUAUCAUUCAGAUUGCAUUGUUCAGUGGUUGCAGACUAGUCGGUUGUGUCCUCUUUGCCGCUAUCGUAUGCCCUGUGAAAAUUUAGUUCUUUCUCCUGUGUCCUUGGUUCGAGAUCCUCUUUUUCAUGAACUUUGUCUUCUUCUCCACUAUGAUUGGGUGAUUCGUGUUUCUCUUAGCAUUGGAGUGAAUUAUUUUGAAGCAGCUCCUGUAGGCAUUGAGCUCUUGUUUCAGGAUAUUGUUGGGGUGGUUACUUCUCGACUUUGUUGA